AAAGCCCUUUUCUAUUUCGGUAUAUGUCAAAAAGUCGAAGCAAACUUUUCUAUUUUAUUUUGCGUGCAAAAAUAAAUUGGUCUUUUGGAAUAUUUUAGUGAAAUUCCAUAAAAAUCUAGAAUUCAGUUGGAUAUUUAAGUGAGUUAACAUGCAGUCAGUGGUGACAUACGAGAAGCCAUUGCCACAUUUGAGUUUGGCUGAUUGGGACGCCCGUUUGUAUGGACUUCAGGUGUUAGCAGACACCAGGAGAGCAGAUGCCUUCGACCUCCGCCACUCCGCCCACCAGCUGCGAAAUGAGACCAGGAUCAAGACGCAGUGGGACACCUACCACAAUGACAACAGGCUAAGGGCUAGAGUCUACGAAAUCGAGCAAUGGAAGUCAACCAUCCAAGAGCUGCUCGACCGCAUCGACCGCGAGAUGGCAGCACUGAAGGAGGAGAAGGCGUCCACGGAGAGAGAGCUGGAGCAACUCAACAUGCCGCUGCUGGUGACGUCAGAGUGCCUCUCCAACCGUGAUGGGAGACGGAGCACGGAGCUCACGUACGACAUGGCUGAUACUGAGCUGAAGAAGGAAUUAUGCGUCACGGAGAGCAACAAGAAGCUCCUGAUCGACCGCUGCCAGUCGGCCUGGGAGAAGAUCAACAAGCUGGAAGUGGUCAAGUUCAAGCUGCAGCUAGACUUGAACGACAAGAACGAAGCUCUUCACAUAGAUAAAGACAUGCUGAGCCUUGACAAGGACUGCGCUAAUAUUACCUACAAGACUGAUUCCCUGAAGACUCCUAAAAGAAUGAUAACCAACGAGCAAUGGCUGGAAAAGUGCGAGGCGAUAAAAAAGAUGGCGACGGACGAGCUCGCCGACACACUUAAACUCCGCGAGUCAUUGUUCGUAGCCCGCGAACGCGCCAGGAAUGCGCUCAGGGCUCAGACUGACGCCACCAACUACAUGAUGCGUAGGAGGGUGUAUGACACCCAGCGGGCGAGGAAUGAGCUGCAGUGGCAGAAGUUGAAGAUGGAAGAAAACAUGGAGAAGCUCUCCAACGACCUGAAGAUCAUGAACGAGCAGUUUUCCGACAAAGUGAACGCCCUGAAGGUGGCUGAGACCAGGCUGGAGACGCGGGGCUACCGGCCGGGUAUAGAGCUGGCGAGUGAUGAGGCGGACCUGGGGCUGAAGGAGGAAGUGAGGACCCUGAGGGAGACGAUACGGCAGCUGCAGGAGAAACUCGACUGUGCUAAGGCAACAUACAACGCUCUGGAAGACGCCACAAUAAAGAUCUCGAUAGACUUGGCGGACAAGGAGCAGUCUCUGGAGACAGACACGAGAGCCCUACAGAUGCGGGCGGCGCUGGAGCCGCGGCGGCCGCAGGGUACUGAUAAGAACCUCGUGCUGGCCAGCAUGGCUAGUGAAGUGCCGAAGAUGGAUAAUUAAGAAAAAAAAGAUUGAUAUGGGAACUUUUUGGUUG